UGACGCAAUGUCCUCUGUUUCGGCGCCUUGACAUUCCGGCUCGUAUGCGUGCUUUCUCCAGUAGGAAUGUCUCACGAACACUGAAAAUUAAAUUGUUCUCGAAUUCAGGACGAAAUUUUCUGCAUAUUUUUAUAUUUUUAAUUGCGCGGUUAGCAAUGUGUCGAAUUUGAAAGACCAGGCUCAUCAUCGUCAUCAUGCGUCUUCGUUACUAGUUCGGGCAAAACUCUGCAAUUUGGGACUGGGAGUUGUGUCACCAUGAAGCUGUGCAAUCUGUCCAUGCUGAGAAACUGGAAGGGUAAAUCUCCGGUAACCCGGGUUCGAAGCUACCUCUCAGGGCGAACCCUGUGCACAGCCACAGGUGGGCUCGAGGAAGAGGAGCGUCAUUACGUGACCACGCCCAUCUUCUACGUCAACGCUGCCCCGCACGUCGGGCACCUGUAUUCCGCGGUCAUAGCGGAUUAUUUACACAGGUACAAGGUGAUGCGUGGGGUUCGGUCCAAGUUCUCCACAGGUACAGAUGAGCACGGGCUGAAGAUCCAGCAGGCCGCCGACCGCGCCGCCAAGGAACCUCUGCGAUUCUGCACCGAAGUUUCAGGGCAGUUUAAGCAUCUUUUUAAAAAAUGCGAUGUUUCCUACACGGACUUCAUCAGGACGACGGAAGAGCGACAUCGGCGUGCCGUGGAGCACUUCUGGACGGUGCUGCAGGACAGAGGGUUCAUCUACAAGGGCAGCUACGAGGGCUGGUACUCGACCCCGGACGAGAGUUUCCUUACAGCGUCUCAGGUUGGCGACGCAACUGACCCUGAUGGGAGAGCAGUAAAGAUUUCUCUUGAGAGUGGCCACAAGGUGGAGUGGAUGAAAGAGGAGAAUUACAUGUUCCGCCUGUCUGAGUUCCGCUCUCCGCUGCAGCGGUGGUUGAAGGAAAAUGCCGAGGUCAUUCAGCCAAAACGCUUCCGCCACGCUGUCCUCCAGUGGCUGCAGGAUGACCUGCCUGACCUCUCGGUGUCACGCCAACAAAGCCGCUUGCAGUGGGGCAUUCCGGUCCCCGGGGACCCGGAGCAAACGGUUUAUGUCUGGCUGGAUGCCCUGAUCAACUAUUUGACAGUUGCUGGCUACCCACGGGACCAUUCUCACUGGUGGGGUGUGGCCCAUCAUGUGGUGGGCAAGGACAUCCUUAAGUUCCAUGCUGUCUAUUGGCCAGCAUUUCUCCUGGCGGCUGGGUUGCCGCUUCCACGGACUAUCUUUGUGCACUCCCAUUGGACGGUGGAGGGACAGAAGAUGUCCAAGAGCCGGGGGAACGUGGUGGAUCCACUGGAGAGGUCAAGGAGCUUCACCACAGAUGGCCUGCGGUACUUCCUCCUCCGACAGGGUGUCCCUGACUCUGACUGUGACUACUACGAUGACAAAGUGGUCAAGCUGCUUAAUACUGAACUGGCUGACUCCCUAGGGGGGCUUUUAAAUCGCUGCACUGCCCGCACACUCAACCCAACACAGGUGUACCCCCACUUCUGUGUAGAGUGCUUCCCGUCUCAUCCAGCAGCUAGUGGGGAUGGAGGGAGGGCAGUGUCUGAGGACUAUAGAAUGCUGGACUCGGUGUGCGCUCUGCCGAGUCUGGUGGAACAGCACUACGAGGGUCUGCAGGCCUACAAGGCUUUGGAAGUCAUAGCAGGCUGUGUUCGCCAGACCAACGGCUUCCUCCAAAGACACGCCCCAUGGAAGCUGGACCGCAGGAACCCUGAGGAGCUGCGGUGGCUUGACACGGUCCUCCACGUCUCUCUCGAGUGCCUGCGGAUCUAUGGCACUCUCCUGCAGCCCAUAGUGCCACAGUUAGCAGACAAACUCCUCUCCAGGCUUGGGGUGGGGCUUCAGGAGCGAUUCUGGGGGAACUUGCAGUUCCUGGCCAGGCAGCGUGGGGGCGUCUGCCCCUUUGAAGGGAGGACUCUUGGCCCAGAGAGCGGGGUGCUGUUCAGUCGACUCGAGAGGCCUAAGGAGAUUAAGGGUGAAUCUAAAAGGAGUAAAAAGGCCUAG